AUGGAAGCUCCAGUACCAGCACCUAGAACAAGAGGACAACUUCGUGCUUUAUCACGGACGUAUGAUGAUGAUUCUUCAUUUCUUAAAUUAUCUUCAUUUGAGGUUGGUCGUCCACUAGGUAAAGGAAAGUUUGGUAAUGUUUAUCUUGCCAGAACGAAGAAGGAACACUUUAUAUGUGCUCUUAAAAUUUUGUUUAAAAGUCAGCUUAAAGAUAAUAAUGUUGAACAUCAAGUAACUCGAGAAAUUGAGAUUCAAGGACAUUUGAAUCAUCCUAAUAUUCUUAAAAUGUACAAUUGGUUUGUGGAAGAUAAAAAAAUAUACCUAGUUUUAGAAUAUGCAGCUCGUGGAGAAUUAUAUAAAGAACUUCAGAAAUGUAAAAGGUUUGAUGAGGAACGUUCAGCUAAGUAUAUAUUACAAGUUGCUGAUGCUUUAAAUUAUUGUCACAGUAAAAAUGUUAUACAUAGAGAUCUUAAACCGGAAAAUAUUCUUAUUGGUAUACAAGGAGAACUUAAAAUAGCUGAUUUUGGUUGGUCUGUUCAUUCUCCAAGUGAUAAUCGUAAAACUCUUUGUGGAACAUUAGACUAUCUUCCUCCUGAAAUAGUUAUGGGUUUCAAAUAUGAUCAUAAUGUUGAUAACUGGUCUAUUGGUGUUUUAUGUUACGAAUUUUUACAUGGAAAACCACCAUUUGAAUCUACUGACAAUAAAGGAACAUAUAAAUUAAUUACUGAGGUUGAUUAUCGAUUUGGAAGUCAUGUAAGUGAAGGAGCAAGAGAUUUGAUAUCAAAGCUUUUGGUUAAAGUACCAAGAAGACGUUUACCACUGAGUGAUGUACUUCAACAUCCUUGGGUGUUAUCUCCUUUUUCUUCUGAAAGAAUAAAGAAUUUAUAA